AUGGUUCACUUCUUGCACCCAGGCCUUUCGCCCCGGACUAUCGUCCUUCCGGACGCUCAGAAGGACGACCUGGGCUGCGGCGUGACGCAGGAGGAGGCGUCUCCCUACUCUUUGGUCAACAUCUGCCUGAACGUCCUGGUUGCUAACCUGGAGAAAUUGUGUUCUGAAAGAUCUGAUGGAACACUUUGUCUUCCGGAGCAUUGGAGUUUCCCUCAGGAAUUAGCUGAUCAAUUCGUUGGGGUCAUGACUUGGCAAGGCAAGCUGACUGAUAGAACGGCAAGCAUUUUCCGAGGCAACCAAAUGAAACUGAAGCUGGUCAAUAUUCAAAAAGCUAAGAUAUCUACAGCUGCAUUCAUAAAAGCCUUCUGCCAUCACAAACUCAUUGAACUGGAUGCUACUGCAGUACACACUGACCUCUCAAUUCCAGACAUCCUAAGUGGACUCUGCAGCAAUAGCUGGAUCCAGCAAAACCUCCGAUGUCUCCUGUUGGACUCAACAAGCAUCCCUCGAAAUUCAAGACUGUUGUUCUUUGGUCAGCUCACUGGUCUUCGCAUCUUAAGUGUUUUCAGUGUUUGUUUUCAUAGUGAAGACCUGGCUAAUGUUUCUCAGUUACCCAGACUGGAAAGCUUGGAUAUCUCAAAUACUCUGGUCACUAACAUCUCUGCACUCCUUACCUGUAAGGAUCGACUCAGAUCUCUCACAAUGCACUAUCUAAAAUGCCUGACCAUGACCAAGCCACAGAUUCUCGCAGUCAUUAGAGAACUUAAAUGUCUGCUUCACCUUGAUAUUUCUGAUCACAGGCAACUCAAGUCAGAUCUAGCUUUUCAUUUGCUACAGCAGAAGGAUAUUCUGCCUAACAUUGUGUCACUGGACAUUUCUGGGGGCAGUUGCAUCACUGAUGAAGCUGUAGAACUGUUUAUACAGCAGCGGCCUGCGAUGCAGUUUGUGGGACUAUUGGCUACGGAUGCUGGUUAUUCUGAAUUCUUUGCUACAGCGCAAGACUUGAGGGUUGCCGGAGGAGCCAAUAUGAGUCAGAUUUCAGAAGCACUGAGCCGAUACAGGAAUAGGUCAUGUUUUAUGAAGGAAGCCCUCUACAGGCUCUUCGCAGAGACAUUUUCAACACAAGUAGCCAUGCCUGCUAUUUUAAAGCUUGUGGCUAUAGGAAUGAGGAAUCAUCCAUUGGAUUUGCCAGUGCAGUUCACAGCCAGUGCUUGUGCCCUCAACUUAACACGCCAGGACCUGGCCAGGGGGAUGCCUGUUCGUCUGUUGUCAGAGGUUACCUGUCUACUUUUCAGGGCUCUGAAAAAUUUCCCCCAUUACCAGCAGUUACAGAAGAAUUGCCUUCUCUCCUUAACCAAUUCCAGGAUUCUUGUGGAUGUUCCAUUUGACAGGUUUGAUGCUGCCAAAUUUGUUAUGAGAUGGCUCUGUAAGCAUGAAAACCCCAAGAUGCAAACAAUGGCAGUGAGCAUAACCUCUAUUCUAGCCCUGCAGCUCUCACCUGAGCAAACUGCACAACUUAAAGAAGAGCUCUUCAUGGCAGUUAAGGAACUUCUAGCAAUAGUAAAACAAAAGACUACUGAGAAUUUAGAUGAUGUCACCUUCUUGUUUACUUUGAAAGCACUUUGGAAUCUCACAGAUGAAUCUCCAGCUGCCUGCAAGCACGUUAUUGAAAAUCAAGGAUUGGCGAUCUUCAUCCAAGUCUUGGAGACUUUUUCAGAGUCAGCAAUACAGAGCAAAGUACUUGGUCUUUUGAACAACAUAGCUGAAGUCAGAGAACUCUCUUCCAAGCUGAUGACUGAAGAUGUGGUAAAGCAUGUCAGCAGCUUGCUGCAUAGUAAGGAAUUGGAAGUCAGCUAUUUAGCUGCAGGCAUCAUAGCCCACCUGACAUCUGACAAACAGCCCUGGAUAUCCCAUGACCUCCAGAGGAGAGCACUUCUCCAGGAUCUGUAUACAACUAUCCAGAAUUGGCCAAGUUCAAGUUGUAAGAUGACAGCAUUGGUGACCUACAGAUCCUUCAAGGCAUUUUUCCCACUCCUUGGCAACGUCUCUCAACCAGAGGUUCAGCUCUGGGCACUAUGGGCCAUGUAUCAUGUCUGCAGUAAAAACCCCAGCAAAUACUGCGGAAUGUUAGUCGAAGAAGGAGGACUGCAGCUUUUGUGUGACAUCCAGAAGCACAGUGAGGCAGACCCCCAAGCACAGCACAUUGCAACCUCCAUUCUAGAUGACUUCAGAAUGCAUUUCAUGAAUUAUCAGAGAUCCCCUCUCUGUUGAAUGCCCUUCUCAUCCUCAGGGGCUUCAGAGGCUUCCUCUUUUUCGCCUCAAAUGCCUAUUGAUCCUUCAGCUUUCAACUCCAGUGUUACCUGCCCAUUUCCUGACCUUCCAUGUCGUCCAUCAGAGUUAAUCGUUCCCUUCUCAGUACUCCUGAAAGCUAUUUAA